AUGAAGAUAAUGGUAGCAAUAAAAAGAGUCGUUGAUUACGCCGUGAAGAUCAGAGUCAAAACAGACAAGAGUGGAGUUGAGACCCAAAAUGUGAAGAUGUCCAUGAACCCAUUUUGCGAGAUAGCUUUAGAGGAGGCGCUUAGAAUCAAGCAGUCUGGAUUGGCAUCCGAGGUUGUCGCCGUAAGUAUGGGUUCAACCCAGUGCGUUGAUACGCUGCGGACAGGUCUGGCUAUGGGGGCUGAUAGAGGGAUUCAUGUAGAGUCCACGGCUGCGUUGUAUCCUCUUACUGUGGCUAAGCUCUUGAAGGCCCUUGUGGAGGUCGAGAAGCCUGGACUCCUUAUUUUGGGCAAACAGGCUAUUGAUGAUGAUUGCAAUCAAACAGGUCAAAUGGUGGCAGGGUUGUUAGGCUGGCCUCAGGGAACAUUUGCUUCAAAGGUCUUGCUUGACAAGGAGAAACAGGUAGCUACAGUAGAUCGAGAAGUAGAUGGUGGUCUUGAGACUUUAUGUUUAAACUUACCUGCAGUGAUCACCACUGAUUUGAGACUGAACCAACCAAGGUAUGCCACACUGCCCAACAUUAUGAAGGCAAAAUCUAAGGUCGUCAAGAAGUACACUCCACAAGAUUUGAACGUGGAAGUUAAAUCUGAUUUAGAGGUUGUUGAAGUCACGGAACCUCCCAAGAGAAAAGCAGGGGUUGUUGUUUCUUCUGUAGAUGAAUUGAUUGAUAAGCUUCAAAAUGAAGCUCGCGUCAUUUAA